AACAUAUUUUAUUGAUACCCGCUGAUUUGACAACAUAAGUACUAGCCCGGUGGCAGGUAACUUAUCUUUUACCGCACGUCUGAUCAAUGCAUUGUUUUUACGUCCAUGAAUACGUGAAUAUGAUGUUAACAAACAGUGCUUUCAGUUUUCGUGCUAUAUUGCAACAUUAUCCAUCAGCAUUGUAUGUUCUGUAUCGACCAGGGACGCCUGAGGAAACCCGAAGGCUCAUACGUUUUCGUGCUGAAAACGAGCAGCAUUUCCUGAAAUACAAAUACAAUGCUAAACAACUUUGGGAGACACUAAUAAAAGAAUUGGGUUUGGAGGGAAAAGUGACUGGCCAACAAGCAUCAAAGAAGUGGGAGAAUUUAAAGAAAAAAUAUAAGGACCUAAAAACUCCAAAAACCGGUUCUGGAACAGAUGCUGGAGAGGUAACAGCUUCUACGUGGCAGUAUUUUGAAGAAAUGCACGAGGUGUUGGGUUCCAGGCCUUCUGUGGACCCUCCUGUGGUGGUUGCAUCAUUCACUAAUGAGGAACCCAUAACAAUCCUCAUGGACACUGUUGAACCCAGUGGAAGUACUGCUGCCAGCACCAUAGGAGCCUUCUCAUCUUUGCAAAAUACAUCGGAAGAGACAGCCUCUUCUAGUGCAGCAUCCACCAUGGUGAUAGCAAGCCCCCCAACUCCAUCACCAAAGAAAAAAAAUCCCGUUUUGGAUUUUUUUGUGGAAGAGUCCCAAAAGGAGCAGAAUCGCCAUGAAGAGAGCGAGGCCAAGACUGAGAGUUCAUAG